AUGAAAGAGGCAGUCCGUCGUGACAUGAGGGACUCCAACUGCCCCUUCGUCUUCUGGGAUUAUUGUGUUGAGCGAAGAGCUUGUGUCAACAACUUGACUGCAAAAGAUUCGUUUCAAUUGCACGGUCAAACCCCCCAAACCGAAGUGACCGGAGAUCCAGGCGACAUUUCGAAUUUGUGUUGUUUUGGCUGGUACGAGUGGUGCUAUGCUAUGAAUAAGAACAUUGCUUUUCCACACAAAAAGGAAAUCCUUGGGAGAGUUCUUGGCCCAGCAACCGGUAUGGGGAAUGAGAUGUGUCAGUGGGUAUUGCAAGGUAACGGAACAGUCAUCUCCCGUCGCACCGUCCGCCCACUGAAGACUGAAGAAAUCCAUUUGCCUGAAGAAGAACAAAAGAGACAACUCUAUGAUAGCUUGAUUGAAAAGAAGCAUGGCCCUAGCUUCAUCAAACUUGAGAAGGAUCUUGAUUCUGAGGAGGAUGGUACCACCACAAAUGCUCAUAUGUCAAAUGGAGUUGCUUCAGAGGAGGAAGAGGAUCAUUGGGAACUGUACAAAGAUGAUGAACAGUUUGCCCAGCCGAUGCCUGAUGUUGAGGACCAACUUGACAUUCAUGGUCAUUUGAUCAACCAACAGCCGGCAUACAAUCUUUUGCUGAAUCUGGAAAUCCGUAAUGAAUCUGGUGAACAUGGAAAGGUUGUCCAACGAAUUGUUAUUGAGUUCAAUGAUGGUGCUAUCAAGGAAUAUGGCGCGACAACUAUUGCCAAAAACAUUCUAACCCAAGUUGAUGACGAUGGAUUCUCUAGCCCAAUGCUCAAAGCAAUCGUGGACUGGAGGAAAGAUCCAAAGACAGCUGUGAGAAAGAAGGACCAGUAUGUCCAAUCUCAUAGUGGCAGACGUCAACGUAAGACCACAAAGGGUUGGGAGCUUAAGAUUCUCUGGAGUGAUGACAGCUACAGUUGGAUUGAUUUGAAGUAUAUGAAAGAAUCAAACCCUGUCAAUGUGGCCGAGUUCGCAGUUGCAAAGAAGAUUGAUAACGAACCUGCCUUCAAAUGGUGGGUACCAUACACUAUUCGCAAGCGAGAUGUCAUUAUUUCAGCAGUGAAAUCAAGAGCAAGAAAGACCACACACAAGUACGGUGCUGAGUUACCAACUAGUGUGGCACAUGCAAAGAGACUUGAUGCUCAAAAUGGAAACAACCUGUGGAUCACAGCGUUGCAAUUGGAAAUGACGCAGCUUGGUAUUGCGAUUGAGUUACAAGACCAUGGGAUUCAAGCUCCACCAGGAUGGUCCAAAGUAUCAGGACACCUGGUCUGGGAUGUAAAGAUUGACUUCACCCGGAAGGCUAGAUGGGUCCUAGAUGGACACAAGACGCCUGAUCCAACUUGUUCUCAAUAUGCUGGAGUGGUGUCAAGAGAGAGAGUGCGCAUUGCGUUCACCUACGCUGCAUUGAAUGAUCUCGAAGUAUGCGUGGUGGACAUUAGAAAUGCAUACCUCCAAGCCCCGUCAUCACAGAAGGAUUAUAUCGUUUGUGGCCCAGAGUUUGGAUUGGAAAACGUUGGCAAGGUUGCUCUAAUUCACUGUGCAAUUUAUGGCGGCAAAACUGCUGGACGCAAUUUCAGAAAUCAUCUACGUGCUUGUAUGCGACACCUGGGAUUCAAGUCUUGCCCGGCCGACCCGGAUGUUUGGAUGAGGCCUGCUAUUAAAGCCGAUGGACAAGAAUAUUGGGAAUACAUACUGCUGUACACCGAUGACUGCCUCCGUGUAUCUGAACAUCCAGAACAAACGCUACGAAACCAAGUUGGGAAGUAUUUUCUGUUGAAAGAUAAGAGCAUUGGUCCACCAAAGAUCUAUCUUGGCGGUAAUGUGCGACAGGUGACGCUUGAUCACGGUGCCAAAGCUUGGGCAUUUGGAUCAUCAUCUUACGUACAACAAGCCAUCAAGAAUGUUGAAAAGUACCUGAAUGAUUGUCACACCGCUGGUGACAACAGAUUCAAAAUACCUGCAAGCGCGAGGACACCAAUGCGGACCAGUUAUCGAGCCAAGUUGGACAUGAGUCCGGAGCUGGAGCCAAAAGAUGCUUUGUACUACAUGUCCUUGAUUGGCAUUUUGAGAUGGAUCGUGGAACUUGGUCGAGUUGACAUCUGCUUGGAAUGCAGUAUUCUAUUGUCACAGCUGGCGAUACCGCGAUUUGGUCAUCUUUGUUGGGAUAUGACGAAAUAUGAGUUUUUAUGUUCCAAAAGAAACUAUUCAAGUACGAAGUUUUCGACACGUACCAUCGGACUUUGA